AUGGCAGCAGCAUCACCACCGUGGCCGCACGCCUCGGCGGCGACCGAGACCCGAGUGUGUUUCCAUGGACCAUGGAGCAUGCACGUCCACCACAAUUGGAGCGAUGACAUGUGCUCCGUGCGCCUCCGCUGCGACGUGAUCCUGUCCCACGGGUCGCGCAGGUUCGGACCCAACGGCUGGUUCAUCGACGUCGGCGAUCCCGUGGUCAUGAAGCUUGACCAGCGGGUCAAAGUCUACCACCCCAGCUGCUUCAUUCUCACCGAGCUCUGCGACGAGCUCAUCCACAGGAUGCUCGCCGAGGCGCCGGCGACCAGCAGGUGCGACCUCGCCGCCGGCAACUGGGUGGACUCAAUAUUCUGCACGCCCCUUGAGAUAGCCAACGCGAUGGGUGAUUACGUUGGCCGUGAGAUGGACGAGAUCUUGACCGCCGCGCGCAGCGCCGUCCCGGCCGUCCGGCCUGUCGUCCCGGGCUACGACAUAGAUAUUGAGGUACCGCAACUCCGGGUGUCCAUGGUCUGCACCGAGCUCAAGGAGCUGCUCGCCUCGUGCAAGGAACCGGCCGCCAUGGACACUGUGGCUGCCAGAGUGUCGGCGCGCAGGAGGAAGCGCCGCCGUGACCCUGCCGGCGAGCUCUGUGCCAUCUGUUUGUUGGAUUUCUUGGAGACUGAGCAGGACGACGCCGUCAGGCUACCGUGCUCCCAUCCCUUCCACAGCGGGUGCAUCGAGCCGUGGUUCCACCGCGCGUUGACGUGCCCAACCUGCCGGCGUGACAUUAUGCAGUGCUUCAGCUUCGCCACAAGGACCGCUCAUAGAUGGCUUAAACGAAGACGGGCGAUUCCUACAUAA